AUGUCGUUCAUUCCGAACGGUCACUUUCCCCCCAUCAACCCAUCGACUUCCAACAAUGCGUCAAGCGAAGAACGGUGCACCGCGAUUGACUUUUUCAACCGCCAUAACUUUAUAUUUGAGGAGUGGGACCACGAGAAAAUCAUCUCAACAUUUCUCCCCCAAGCCGAUGUAUACCACAGCCACGGGACCAUCCGCGGCCACGAAGAGAUAAGACGUUUCUUCGAGGAGAGCUAUGAGUUCUUUAUUCACGGGAUCACGCGCAGCGCCACAAACCAUGUCGUUGACCGUGACGAAGAGAGUGGCGUGGUAGUCAGAUACCACGAAACUCUCAUCAGAUAUGGCUGGAAGGGAGAUGAUGCGAGUAAUGUUUCUGGUCAUGAUACUAUCAGAACUGAUGGACUUCCUGCAGUAUGGUGGACUGGCCCAAUGACUGAUCGCUUAAGAAUGACUGCCGAUGGCUGGAAGAUAUUCGAGCGUUAUCUUGGAGCUCCCAUCAGAAACCAGGCUCUCGAUCCCCCAAACACAGCCUGA